AUGCGCGUUGUCCGUUCCCCUGGCCCAGCGGCUGCUUCUGCCUGGCCGCGGCUGAGCGGGAGCCGCGGGGUCGGAGCGCGCCGCCGCCCCGCCAUGUCCGAGGCCUAUUUCCCAGUGGGGCCCGGGCUGGGGCCCGAGGAGAAUUUCCUGUCGCUGGAAGACAUCCUGAUGUCCCAGGAGAAGCUACCGGGCCGCGUGGAGGCUGCCCUGCCCCGCCUGGCCGCCGUGCUGGGCAAGGGCGCGGGGGCCGGCCAGAGCGACGGCAUCCCGGAGGGUUCAAAGGUGGAAAUACCAUUGUGGCUAGCAAAAGGGUUGUAUGACAACAAACGGAGGAUACUUUCAGUGGAACUGCCCAAGAUUUACAAGGAAGGCUGGCGGACAGUGUUCAGUGCUGAUGCCAAUGUUGUUGACCUGCAUAAAAUGGGGCCAUUCUACUAUGGCUUUGGCUCCCAGCUCCAGAAUUUUGACAAUCCAGAGAAUCCAGAGAUAGCUCAGACUAUACUGCAGACAUUUAUUGGCCGUUUCCGUCGCAUCAUGGACUCCUCCCAGAAUGCCUACAACGAGGACACCUCUGCACUGGUUGCACGGCUGGAUGAACUGGAACGAGCGUUGUUUCGAGCUGGUCAGAAAGGGCUGAAUGACUUUCAGUGCUGGGAGAAGGGGCAGGCUUCUCAGAUCACAGCUUCCAGCCUGGUGCAAAAUUACAGGAAGAGAAAAUUCACGGAUAUGGAUGGUUGACGGCAUGAAGGCCACAAAACUGCUACAGGGGAUACUGAGGUACUCUGUGUCAGAGAGAAGAGAGACCAGCCAAUCUUGGAAAGGGACAGACUCUCCUCCCAGUUUAACUGAAGUUCUUCUGCGCAGCAUCUUCAGAUUAGAACAAAGAACAUUUUAGACUAAAGGAUGAGUAUAACAAGAAUACAUCACAAAAUUGUUUUACAGCACACACAUCCUUCUCCCAUGGAUUUAUGGUAAUAGUUUUGGGCUUCAUAGCUGAGUGGAUAUAAAAGGCUUUUCUGAAAGAGGAUCAUUUAAUAUUUACUGUAUUUAUCAUCUAAGUAGAUCUGGAAUUGUAGUUUCAACUCUUUCACCCCCACCUCAAAUCCCACCUUCCCCACGCAUACCCCAGUGUGUUGACAUGAACAGCUGUUUCCAGCUUCAUGAUUCCACAGGACAUCCCCGUAACAUGAAGGGAAGAGUGGUAUAGACUGCAUUGUGUUAUCCCCUUCUCUCGUGCUACGUCUUAAUGCACCAGUACAAAUGUCUUUGUUAGGGGUAAGCAUCUGCUUUUAGCUGAUUCUUUUGCUGCUUUAGUUUCGUAUGUGAUUUUAAUGCUUGUCAUUGUACAGUAGAGACUGCCUUCUGUUUGUCCACACAGCAGUUGAAGUGUUGCUGCAAACUUUAUGCACCCUGCCUCCACCUCCCACCGCCACUACUAUGCCUCACACCUGCAAAGCCCACCUCUGGGCAGCAGGUGGGAAUGCAUGGUGGUUUUUGUGAUAUGGACACCAGUUCACGGAAGAAGUUAUCCUGAUUUCUAGUUUUGGCUAAUGGUGAAGGGGCAGAGCUAAUGAGUUGUUUGUUUCCUUCUGAUCUAUUGUUAUUUCCUCUCUGGAAAUGCCAUUCUUACCAUUGGGAGCGAAUGGAAUUAGAACUCGUUAAACAGCACAAGGGUUGCUCUAUGGAGAUGUCCUCAAAAUGUAGCUUUGCUUGUGAGUCACGUUGGAGGGCAGAACACCCAGAAACACAUGGUUCCCUCUCUAGAAAGCUACUCCUGGGACCAUUGGAAUUGGUAUUCUUGGGACAAGUCAUUAGAAACUAUCUGGGAGUUUCUUAGCCUUCCUUAGGAGGAAGCCCUUUAAAAAGUAACUAAUGAGGGGCCUUAUCGUGAGAGGUGCUGAGCAUUCACAGUGACUGUUGACUUGAUUAGUAGCUGUGGAUGUUAAUCAGACUUUCAGCGUCUCUUGGGAUCAGGCCCAUGGAGAGCAAAAUUUUGUGUGGGCCACUUGUUCUUGGAUGUUUAAUGUAAUUGUUGGCUAAGGGAUCCCCCACAAUGGGCGAGUGGCCGUUCUUUGGGCCUCAGGAGUGAAAUCUCUGCCUCUGCAGUCGGUCAGAAGGGAUACUGAGUGCUGGAUACGGCAGCGUCUUCCACUUGCCACGGUCUCUGAAGUGCACAGGGCAACCUGUCCCACUGCAGGAGACUAAGUAGCAGCUAGUGGAAUAUGAAGAGGGAGUUCAAGCAUGCACAUUAUUAAAUGCCACUGUGCUAACCAACAGCAUGCUGUGAAAAUGAUGCAUUUUUUAUAAGAAACUAAUUUUAGCCUGGAGUUUGUAUAUUUUCUAUUUGGGGAUUUCUGUGCUGAAUAAAUGAGUUUCACAUGGAAUAAGUUCUUCACACAGUGUGUGUCUCUGUAAUUGCCCUGCUGCUGAGAAUCAGUCCUAGCCAGGAGACGAAUGCUAACCCUGUGGCUAAGGUUUCUGAGGAGCCAAAGUCUUGCUGCAAGAACCCACCGUGUUCUUGACACAGCUCCCAAACACAGGAGUAUUACAUUUAUACACUUCCGCUGGCGUAGCGACCUCUUCCAUUUGACUCCUAGCUCCACUGAGACAAUCCUAGCAGUUGCCACGAGUCAGAUUAGAGACACUGCUAGGUUGAUAGAAGGCUCCAACCUUUAAUUCUGUUUUUUAAAAAAAAAAUUAUAAAACCCAAGUGACAGAAAUGUGUCAGUAUUUAUGCUUAGAUUUUGGAUUUUUUUUUUAUUUUUUUUUUUAAUUCUGCGGAAACUAUUUGAUGUUUUGGAUGUAACCAUUAUCUUGCAGCAUGUGCAGCCCAAACAUUGAAGCAUUGUGGUGAUAGUCAAGAACUAGAAAGUGAAAUUGACUGAUGAUUAUAAUACUGUACAGCAUUCACUGUAUAUAGUGCUUAUGUUCAAACACUUUCCAAAUAUUAACUAAUGAAUUCUCACGAUCCCACUGUGAGGAAGGGAAGUAUUAUCCUCAGUUCCCAGAGGGGUAAACUGAGGCACAGAUGUAUGAGACACACCAAAGGUCAAACAGCAACAAGAUGGCAGAGCCAGAAAUGGAAUCUCUGUCCUGACUCCUAUUCAAUGCUCUAACCCCUAGAAUGCGGGCACUCCCAAAUAAGAGCAAAAUGGGCGCAAUCUGUUUUCAUUGGUUUCUGUUUUCACUUCACUCAACUUGGACAAUCAGCAUAUGUAAUUAAAAGUAAUUUAGGUUUUAAAAACCCAGUUUUAAAGGGGGCAGCAUUGACUUGAAAUCUAGUCUGUUUGCCAAACAACACGCGCUCCCUAAAUUCUUUUACCAAUUUUCGUGGCAUGUUUUUAAAAAAAAAAAUGUUUCUCUCAAGCAGCAAAGACAUUGAAAUGACUCUGCACAAAAUGCUGUCAAAUGCACAAAGUGAACAAAUUAAAAAAUAGAGGGUUUUUUUUCUCUAACCGCUUUCAGUAAUCUUAGGUAUACUUGUGACAGUAGUCGGUACAAAAUGUUCACAUAGAUGUGGUGGGGUUUUUUGUUUUUGGUUUUUUCCCCAUAGAGAAAUGUUCCUUUGAUACUUUCAGGUGUUGUUAGUAAACACGAUAGGACUUUUUAAAAGAAAACAUGAUAUUUAAACUGACAGUGUCCUCUGAAAUUGCAGCCAGCAGUUUGCAGAUUUUAUGUGCUAUUGAUUUUCUUGUUAUCUUGUAUGCCUUAUUCUAUCCAGAAAUACUUCAUGGCUGUUCCAGAGACCAGAUGCCAUUGAGAAGCCUGGUAAGGUAUCUGGCUAAGCCUACUGUGUAAUUCUGAUAAACACAAACUGUACUUCGUAAUCACACAGCAGUGAACUGAAGUGAGAAGAGUUUGGAUUUGCAUACUUGUAAAACAGAAACAAUCCCUGGCAUUUAACUAACAAAGUUAAGGAGCACGUAUUUAACAAACCAGCAGAGUGGAAGGUCUCUCUAGAAUACCGGCAGCAAAUCCCUGUCAGAAGUAAUGAGUUGGAAAACUCCACGUUUGCACUUAGAUUCUCUUUAAACUUUUUAUUUAUUGCUUCUCAGGUACUUUUCCUUACAGCAGAGGCAGCCACUGAGGCAUGAUGCCCAAUUAAAUAUAAAUAGCUUUUCAACCAACAUGCAAAACCACCCCAUCCCAGUUCUUUCCUCCUUUUUUACUUCUGUUGCAGCUUCUUCGCCAGCAUCUUUGUGCUCUAAUCAAUGUCUGUCUGUCCUCUGGGCUAGGGUUAUUUUUUGUUGGCAGAGAGAAGGUAUUGAAAACCCCUGCCAGACUAGAAGUAGUAGGUGUAGUCAUUCUGAUUUCAGUAUUGGACAUCAGUCUCCAUAACAGAGAGGUCAAGCUAGAUCAAGAAAUAGCAACCAGGAAAAGAUAAAGCAGAAAGUGGCCCAGACCUUUUAGCACAUUCCUUGGCCUGAAGGCAUCUAUUUAACAGGAAGACAUUUUAGGGUGGGAUUUUUGAAAGCACCAAAGUGAGUUUGGAGCACAAAUCCUAUUGCAAAUCAAUGAGGCUUGUGCUCGUAGGUCAUUUGAAAAUCCCACCACUGUCCUGGCAAGGUUCUGAGCCGACGCCUACAGGUUAGCCAGUGGCUGAGCCCUACGGCAUCAAUUUGAGGAGUGAGGUGUGACCCAGGGACUUCUUGAUGCCAACCAGCAGAGAGCACAAAGGAUGUAUAGGGUUGCACAGGGAUCCCCUGGGUCAGAUAUAGGCAUAUUAGUUCACCAAAGGGUGACAUGUAAAGUCUCUACUGAGAGGCAAUAGCCGACAGGUCUCCAUAAUCAUUUCAAAAUGUUUGCACGGAUAAUAUUUAAGGAGUUACUUAUACUGGAAAUUGUGUUCUUAACAUCUUAAAGUUAAGGCAGGGAACCAGGAGAUGACAUGCCGUGGACAGGUUCUUUUUAGGCAGGGAGUCUCGCCGGACAGUUGUCUGGUUAUUGUGUGCUUCACAAUGGAUGCUGAUUUACAGACUAAGUCAAAUGCUGAUUGAGAUUGUGAAAUCUACAAGAAAAAACAGCCAGCAGGGGGGCAUCUGGUUUAUGAAUAAGGACAGUCAAUAAUUCUGAUGUAUCUGUGGGUGCAAACCAACACCCUAGAUCUUUUACCAAAGAGGCAAGCUAAUGGUGUGACUAGUCUCAUGAAUGGAAGAUCACAGCCAAACCUGGCUAUAAAACAGUGCAAGGACUUUGGGUGAGCAUUGCUCUCUAAGACAUGGAAGUGUCUAGGUUCCAGAACAUGUUAUGAUUUUAUUUUAUAUGUAACCAUAUGUUUUUAGUACUUCUGCUUGCUAUCAUGUGAAUUUCUACACUUUGUUCAAUAAACUUUUGUUUUUACUGUAA